AUGGUAGUGGAAGGCCUAACCCCCAACCAUCUGAAGAAAGCAAAGCUGAUGUUCUUCUACACCCGUUAUCCCAGCUCCAAUGUGCUGAAAACCUUCUUUCCCGAUGUCAAGUUCAAUCGCUGCAUCACCUCUCAGCUCAUCAAGUGGUUCAGUAACUUCCGGGAGUUCUACUACAUCCAGAUGGAGAAGUUUGCCCGCCAGGCCAUAGUGGACGGGGUCACCGAUGUGAAAGACAUGUCCAUCAGCAGAGACUCUGAGCUGUUCAGAGCCCUCAACAUGCACUACAACAAAGCCAAUGACUUCCAGGUUCCUGAGAGAUUCCUUGAGGUUGCUGAAAUUACUCUCCAAGAGUUUUUCAACGCCAUUUCAACUGCCAAAGAUUCUGACCCCUCUUGGAAGAAGGCAAUCUACAAGGUCAUCUGUAAACUGGACAGUGAUGUCCCAGAUGAGUUCAAAUCAUCUACCUGCCUAUAGACAGAGCAAACAAAAGCCAUGCUCGAGGAAGGAAGGACAUUCAUUUUUGCAGUCAUACAAUGACAAUAAGUGCUAAUUUUAACACAUCUUGCCAAUGAAUUGGAUUUUAGUGAGAGAAUCAUGGAACAAAUGUAUUAUGUUGUAAAUGACAUAUUAUACACUGCAGAAUAGGAGCCUACUUACUGCACAAGCUUUUUACAGUCUCAGUCACCUUUAUAGCACUGCUCCAGCUCUCUCCUAGGAGUUUUUUAAAAGACUUAGCUGACAGCAGAUCGUAGUGUGUCUGUGUGUCUCCAUAUGGAUUCAAUUAAGACAAGAUGUAGUUGCAUGUUUGUAGAUGUACUGAUAUUUAAUGGCAGUGUUUUAAUACUGUAGGAUGCUUGCUAGGUCUGGUAGACUUACAAAAGUGAAGAAAAUGGUAUUUUCUAUACAUAUUUGACUUAUGGUUCCUAAUGGACAUGCGGUUUUGGAUGAUUGUGAGAGAAAGACAUACUGUGCUAAUUGUUUAUUUUUAUUUUGUAGCACGUGUUUUAUGUAAAUGUCAAUACGCCACAAUUAUAUUUGGAUACUCCAUAAAGUGUUUUAAGGCCAAAUGUAUUAACCUAAUAGCAUGUAAAUAUUGCAAAUGACCACAAAUAACCAAUUCUAUGAGAGAAAAUGACAUGUACAAAAAAGUACAAAGUUAUGUUUAGAUGUUUUGUGCCUAUUUCUAUAGUCUAUGGCCUAUUGUCAACUCAAUUCCAUAGACACCAUAUUUUGAGUGGUUAUUUGAUAGUCCUGUUGAUAGAAUAAAG